CGGAGCAUGGCGCUUCGCGGAGCACCAGCGGCAUGCCCGCGCUGCGGCAGGGGCUGGUGCAGGGCCGCAUGAACAGGCUCUCCAAGUCGGCCAGCGCCUCCAGCACCAGGGCCAUGGCGUCGGAGCCGGUGACGCGACCCUCAAGAGCGACGCGGCCCACCAGCUUCCCCAAGCCCAUGGUGGCCGUGGCGUCCGAGUCCGCGCUCGCCGCGCACGCCGCGCCGAGGCCCGUCAUCGACUCGACCACCAGGGAGUCCUCGCCGGUGGGGGAGAGGCCGCCGCCGUCGACGGGGGACGCCGGCGCCGCCGCCGGGCACCCCGCCAGACAGGCCUGCUUCGACUGGAACCCGGACAGCAUCCAGGCGCGCCACGUCGGCUGCCGAGUGCAGAUCGCGGGCGAGCGCACGGGCACGCUGAGGUACUUCGGGCCCAUCGCGCUGGCGCCGGGCGACUUCUGCGGCGUGGAGCUGGACGGCCCCGACGGCAAGCACGACGGCACGGUGCGCGGCGUGUGCUACUUCCGGUGCCGGCCGCUGCACGGGCUGCUCGCGCCGCUGCACCUGGUGCGCCUCGUGGCCGACAAGGCGGACAAGACCCCCACCGCGCUCGACCAGGCCGCGCUGGACAACGUGGACUCGGGCCCGCACAGCUUCCUGCACCUGGACCACGCCAUGAUGGACCACAGGAUGCUGGAGGCGGACGAAGCGCCGCCGCACCGCCACUUCGACCUCGGCAAGGACGUCCUGUCGAGCUUGGCCUCGACGCCGACGUCCGCGGCGGGCGAAGACCACAGCCCGGGGGCCUUCGGCGGGGCCUUCCACGGCGGCCCGCCCCAUGGCGCCCCGCAGCAGCCGCCGCACUUCCUGCCCCUCAUGGAGAAGCAGAACUCGUUCGACCUGGACGAGAGCCUCGGCAUCCUGACGCCCGACCAGAUGGCGGACGGCUUCACGGUGUGCGACGGCUCCAGCCCGGAGGAGGAAGCGGCCGCCGCGGCCAUGCCCGCCGACGCCGCGGACACCGCCGAGGCCAUGGACGUGGACGACGAGCACAUGGACGUGGACGUGCACCAGGUGGUGGAGAUGGUUGACUCCGCCCUGCGGUGCACGCUGGGCUACGACGACGCCGCCAUGCUGGAACAUGGCCUGGACGACGGCCCUCAGGACAACGCCAACGCGACCGUCGCGCCGGACGCGACGGCCGUGGACUACCUGGCGUUGUCGCGCAAGGACGGCGGCGCGUCCACGUCGGACUACAUCAGCGAGGACCUGACGAGCAAGCGGCUGGACCGCACGCCGUCCGUGGAGGAGCUGCCCCUGGACCACCAGCAGCAGGAGCAGCAGCCCUGCGCGGCGGGCGGCCCGGGCGGCGCCACCCCCGGCGUGGCCACGCCGUCGCGGUCGGCGCGCGGCGGUAAGACGCCCAACAGCAUCAUCACGAGCGUGACCAGCAUCGCCAGCCUGGACACGGGCUACCAGGGCGACGGCGAGUGGAGCCGGCCCGGCAGCCGCGGCGGCGAGGCCGAGGACCGCCACUCGCCCACACAGCCGCACCACGCCGGCAUCAAGAUCAAGGGCACCGCCGUGGACCCCAUGACGGACUCGGACUUCUUCACCGAGUCGGACGCCGACAUGCAGGAGGACCGGCUCGGGGUGGCGGGCCGCGGCGGCGACCGGCACGCGCAGGUGAUCGACGGCACACUGUACGGCGCGGGCGCUCCCGGCGCGACCCACCGGCCGCAGCCGUCGCACGGCGAGGACAUGGACUCGAGCGGCAUCUACUCGGACCUGGAGCGCACGCAGGGCGGCUCGUCGCUGGCGCCGUCCAUGGCCGCCUCCAUGCAGGGCUCGGCCACCUCGGCCACGAUGCAGUUCAAGGAGGGCCGCACGCUGGCCAGCCUCAACCAGGAGCUGGUGGAGACGCUCAAGAGCAUGCUGCCGAACCUGGAGCCCGCGGAGCGCGCCGAACCGGCCGCGGACGAGCACGCUGUCGGCGCCGACGACCUAGGCUCCAUGACGUCCCUGGUGACGGUCAAGUCUCUGCAGCAGCAGCAACAGCAGGCCGCCCCUGCCGCCGUGCCGGCCAAGCCGGUCAAGGCCGUCAGGGAGAUCAAGAAGUACAAGAUGCCGAACCGCAACGUGACCUCCAAGGUGAAGGCCAUGAUGGUGGUGACGCGCCAGGGCGAGGACCAGGAGAACACGGCGCCCAAGCGGCCGACCCGGACCACCCCCAAGAAGUGGGAGGCCGUGAUGCAGAAGAUCGCGUCCAACGCGGAGGAGCAGACCAACAAGCUGGCGCGCCUCAAGGACGUGAAGGGCAAGGUGCUGUCCAGCAUGGGGGUGUCUCCGACCGCCGUGUCCACCAGGGGCUCGCGCAGCAACAGCCUCACGGUGGCCAACGUGGCCAUGACCAGGAAGGCGUCGUCGUCGCCGCGGAGCGGUGAGCUCAGGAAGGCCAAGAGCCGGCGGCACCGCUUGGAGGCGCCUUCGUCCGUCGCCACGCCCGUCAUGAGCCCCGACCAGCGCAGCGCGGCGUCCACGCCCAGGUCGUCCAUCAGCGACGUGAGCAGCAUCAACAACCGCUCCAACAGGUCCAAGAAGAACCGCAGCUCGAGUCCGCUGAGCGACGCCUCGACCAACUCGACGCGAACGAAGAGUGCGACCCUACCCACGCCCCGCGCCACCGCACAUGGCGGCUCCAGGGAGCGGUCGGCCAAGGACAAGGCGGCGGACAUCACCAACGCCGACGUCCUCAAGAAGAAUCAGAGGAACAAGACCUCCGUGACGCCCGUCCUACCUCGCGCCGGCUGUGAAGUGGGAUGCUGCCACCGUUGUGAUUACCCCCUACCCCUCGUCGUCGACAAGUGCACCGUCAUGGCCGCUGCAGUGGUGCGCGCCAUCCCCGUUCGCACGGGGGUGUCCGGCGUCCCCCGACCCUACAAGGCGUGGAGCGGCGGCGGCCGCGUGGUGGACAAGCCCGUCGCCAAGAGCCAGACGCCGUCGCCGAGGAAGACGACGCCGCAGCGCCGGGCCACGCCCUUGAAAGAUCACAAUGGGCGGCUGGAGCCGGUGGCCAAGCAGCAGGUGGCGCAGAACGGCGUCGCCGCGGUGCCCAUGCCGGCGCGCAGGACGGUGGGGACGCGGCCCGGCCAGCAGGGCGGCCAGCAGGGCGGACAGCAGGGGCCCUCGCCCCAGGAGGUGGCCGCCGAGGUGCGGCGCAGGCUGCUGCCCGACCUGAGGCACAACGCGGCCGCCUUCGAGGCCAUGGCCGUGCUGCUGGACUACACCACCACCAAGCUCGGGGCCUUCGCGGCGCCCGCGCUCCGGAGGGACCUGGAGAAGAUGAAGACCGAUAUGGCCAACACGGUGCUGCAGCUGGAGGAGGCGCAAGCGCAGUACCGGCGGCUUGAGGAGGAGCGCGCCCAGCAGGCGCAGAAGGCCGUGGCGGCCGAGGCCGAGGCCCAGGCCCGCGAGGAGGCGAGGGAGCGCGCCAUGGCGGACCUGCAGCAGAGGCUGGCGGAGCACGACGAGGAGGUCCAGACCCUGACCGCGAGGCACACCGGCGAGCUGGCGACGCUGCGCGGCCAGAUGGACAGCCGCGCCGUGGAGGCGGCGGACGCCGUGGCCGUGGCGACGCGCGGGCUGCGCGAGGAGUACGAGCUGGAGCUGGACCGCGUGACGCGGCGCCACGAGGAGACGCUGCGCGCGGCGCUGGGCGCGGCGCGCUUGGAGGCGGAGCGGGACGCGGCGCGGCUGGGCGAGGAGGCGUCGCGGCGCGAGGCCGAGCUGACGGCCCAGCUGCGCGUCCGGGAGGCGGCCCACGAGGCCCUGCGCGAGCAGAGCCGCCGCGUCAUGGACUCCAUGAAGAGCGACAAGGACGCGCGCACGCAGGCCCUGGCGGCGCGGUGCCGCGAGCUGCAGGACGAGGUGGACUCGCUGCGCUCCGUGCUCGAGCUGCGCUGCGACGAGCUGCAGAAGUCCCGCCGCGAAAACGACGCCCUGCGCAUCGCCGCCGACCAGCUCCCCGGGGCCGAGCAGCGCAUCGGCACGCUCACGGCCCGCCUCGAGGACCUGCAGGUGCAGCUGGACCGCAAGGGCGAGCUGGAGAGCAAGCUGCAGAUGGAGAACAGCGAGCUGCAGCAGUCGUUCUGCAAGGAGACCAAGGAAAAGCAGAUGCUGUCCCUGCAGAACGAGCAGCUCCAGUUCAAGCUCAAGCAGAACACUGAGGUGGUGAACGCCCUCGCUGCCAACAUGAGCGACUUCCACGACGUUUCGGCGAUCCUGAACGCUUCGCUAGCCAACGGUUUGACCCCCGACAGGAGCCGGAGAUCGCUGAAGGGCUCCAACAACAACAAUAAUAACAAGAGCGCGACGCCGCCCGAGUCGCCCAAGGUGAAGGGCGUGGUGGAGAAGAGCGAGUCGGUGUCGUACAUGCUGGAGAUGGAGGCCGACUCGACGGACGACGUGGUGGCGCGAAUCUACCGCCGCAUGGCCAGCACCCCGGUGGCCUCCCCCGCGCACCACCCCCACCACCAGGCCCCCCACCCCCGCAGCGCGCCCCCCACGGCGCGGCGGACCCCUCAGGGCGCGCUGUGCCCGCUGUCGCAGUCGGCGUCCGCGACCACCAUCCCGACGCCGCCGCGACCCACCCCGAAGCAGCGCGCGUCGUCCGGGGCGGCGCCGCGCGUCCGCUCGCGGUCCAUCUCCUCGGACUCGGGGGAGUGCCUGUCGUCCGGCAACUGGAGCCCGCCCGCGUCGCUCCCGCAGCGCCGCACGCCCGACCUUGCGGAGCCCGCCGUGGUGGUCGACGAGCACCUGCUGGUGGCGGCCGUGUACGACUGCAGCGACAUCGAGGACUUCUCGUCGUCCAAGUCGUCGUCCAUGAGCUGCAGCUCGGAGGGCUCGGAGCUCGGCGUGGCCAAGGAGGCCGUCGAGGAGGUCGCCGAGGACGAGUCCGACGCGGCGCCGUUCCAGCACCCCCAGGACCUGGACCUGAUGACGGCGUCCUGCGGCAGCAACAGCGACCUGCUGCUCGCCAAGCAGGCCACCCUGCCCAAGGACGCCGGCGGCGAGGAGAUGGCCAUGGACGACGCCGCCAACGGCAUCCACUCGUCGUCCGAGGAGGGCAGCGCGUCGGACGAGGACGACGUGAGCGCCGGGCGAGGACGCCGUGCCCUGGCCGGCCUGCCCCGCCUGUCGCUGGCCAUGCCCAUGACCCCCACCGCGGGCUGCGGCCAGUCCGCCAUCAACACGCCCAUGGACUCGAGCUGGUCGGAGGACAUGGAGCUGCCAGUGUCGCUGUCCGAGACCUAGCUGGCUGUGGGCGUGAGCCAAGUGAACGUGAACCUGAAAGUGCACGAGGAUGGGAAACGAAAGUCUGAUUGCGAUUGAGGAGCGUAGCGUGGUGAAUGAGAAUGCGCCGACGGCCAGCGAAAAGGCCUGCCAAAAUUCGUCUUAACUGAUUCCUAAUUGUUAAAUAUUUUUUAUUUCUUGUGGUUUUGCAUCCCCAUCGCGCCCUGCGCUUUUAAUUUUGAACUGAGCAUGGGCCAAGCCCCUCUGCUGCUGGUUGUAGUUUGGUAGGGCUUUAUAGACCGGAGCAUUAAAACUAAAUUUGCGUUCGCCAGAGUUCUCCCCCGGAACACUUAGAUGUGCAGGCUUGAUUCUAGUCGAAAUACCCAAAGGGAGUCCAGUACAACUCUUUUAGCGGACCGACCGCGGUCGCGGUCCCCGUCCGAUGCCAUUGAUUUACUUCGUCUGUCGUCGCCUGGGCGGCACCCCUGACACUUCACGCCUGAUUCCCCCAUGUGUUGCUCUUCUGCUUUAGAGCAGUCGGAGGUUUGUGGGCGCUGCCCGGGCUUUAAUGUAGUAUCUGGAUUCAAAAGCUGUGUCUUGUACAUACAGGUGAAUGGUACUGAGGCUGUUAAUUGUAAAUAGGUUAAUUAAGAUGGGUUCCUCAGUAUUACUUUUCCUUUUUUUUAUUAUUAUUUAAUAAUAUUGUUACUGCUGGAGUAUCAUGGAUUUCUAGAGUUGAACCCUUUUGUAUCUUAACUUUGAUUUUGACGUCAAAAUUGAUUAGAAAAUGGGACUAGAAUUUGUGUAAAGAUGUAAUUUUAGUUCAUGUUUCUGUUUUAACUGUUCUGUUUUAGUUUAGUUUAGUACAAGUCGACAAGUAAAACAGAUCAUUCAAAGCUUUCUAUGGUUUUAAAUGUCGACUUGAACUGGAUAACGUUUAAUUGAGAAUGUGGUUUGCUGUAAAAGAGAAUAUUGUAAUGGCUGUGGAAUUGUUUCUGCAAGCUGAUAAUUUUUAAAUUUUGUUUAGUCUCCUCUCCUUUAAUGAGUGAUGCUAGUUUGUAAAUAUUUGUCUAUCUUCAUUGUUUUGUUUUCUGGAGUUGCCACAAGCUUAAACUGCUGCAAAUAGAUAUUUUCCAUACUUUGCCUUUUGCAUUUAAUAUCUUACUGCUCCACUUUCAGCAAUGCAUAAACUGUUUGAGAUACUUCACUUGAUUAACUGAUGUUGGUGGUUAAACUAGUUGAUAAGUGCGGAGAAUGUUUUCUUUACUUACCAAUUGAUAUAAAAUUGUUCUAGCAAUAUUUUCUGACAAAUGUAGGAGUCUUUAUUCCCAAUAGUAGUGGUAGCAACCUGGUCAAAUUGUACUGCCUGCACAAGUGGAUCUCCAAUUUUUAAUUUUGUGAAAAGAUACUUAGAGAGAAUGAAUGAAUAGUUGAGUUUUUAUCAUUGAAGAUUUAGAGAUGAAAGCGUUUCACGCUUAACAUGUCUCGUUUAAAAAAGGAAAAAUAAAAAAUAAUUUGUUUUGUGAAUGCCAUAUUUAUUCUGUUAAUGUAAAUACUUAUUAUUGUCCUCUUCCAGUAUGUUGAUCUUAUUAAAAGAAUUUAUCAGCAGUA